AUUUGUAGAAAAAUGGCCUUCAUUCUGGUGGAAUUCAUUGAUGGAGCCGAUGUUGCAAUUAUUUCUGAAAAGUGGUUAAAUGAAGACAGGAAAUCUGCUUUUUGGCCUCCAUUCAAAAAGGAAAAAAGCCUUAUCUCUGCUAUAAAAGCACACCUUCAGCCAGACAAGUUAACCUGGACAAAGUAUACAGUGAGAGUGCUGUAUGAACAUGAUGACUAUGACAAAGUUCGGGGUAAACUAAGAAAAUCCCAAUAUGAAUCAGACCUACAGUCAGAUAGCGAGGUGGGACUGGGGAGGUACAGGAGAACAAAGAGACCAAAUCCCAGAUAUGAGGAUACUGAUGAUGAUGAUGAGGAGGAGGAGGAGGAGGAGGAGGAUGAAUCACAGUGCCUUGUCCCUCCACAUAAGAUAAGAAAAAUUCAUCAAAAUUCAACAAGUUUCACUUCUCUCCCAACACCUCCAAGACCAGCUGGUAAAACAUUGUUUGACAACAAUUCAAUAUUUGAAACAAAGGUAAUCACGAGUUUGGAGGAAGUUAAAUGUCAAGUGCAACUGAACAGUAAACUGUUACAAAAAGUUCUAAAAUGCCUUCAAGAAAAUAAUCAUCAGCAACAACACCAGGAUCAGAGUGAUGGUGAUAAUGCCCAGUCAUUAUUGCCCAUCUCCUCCAUGGAGGAAUUACAGUCUUUUGAGGAGUACCUCCAGGAGGGGGAUGCUUUUAGAAAGAUGGUGGACUUACUGAAGUGCGUGGGUGGCUCAGACUACAAGUCAACGGUUAGGAAUGUGCUUAGCCACAUAUUCAGUCCAUGUGUGGCACUUCAAAUUAACUGGCUGGGGAAAGGGGGGAAGAUGGGCUUUUCACAGCUAAAGAAAAUUAGGCAUCUUGUUGAAACUACUGUAAGGAAAAACAGAUUGUGCCCCAUGACAACAGAGGCCGAAAUCAAUGAAACCAUAAAAUUAUGGUUUCGUUAUGCUGGAGAUAGGAAUGGUGGCCGCAUUAGGAGACAAAAAAAUAGCAUGGCCCCAUCACCAUCAGCUGUUCUUCAAAGCUAAAGUCAUCUUGUUUUUUAAAUAAUAUUUUCAAGGUUUUUUGUAUGUAUUUUGAUGAUAUUUGCCACAUAAUAGCCAUACUAUAAAUUUUGCUUUUAUUUAAAAUUUACUGAAUUGCUUUGUUUAGUAAAGAGGCUGGUUGCUUUCAAAAAUCAGCAUGAUCUCAUUUGUUUUAAGAUAAAGAUUAUUUUUGGCAUGUAUUUUCAUGAUGAUUAGCCAAUAUCUGCCAAACUAAGGUUUUAUUUUAUUUUAGAUUUGUGGCUUUGUGUGGUAAAAAGGCAGGUUCCCUUUAAAAGUCAGCUUGAUAAGAAUAUUUUUAGAAUAGUUACUGAUUUGCUGAUUUGUGUAACAUUAACCCCAUAAGUGCUAAACUGUAUUUUUGUGUUACUUCAGAUUGGAUGAGCAGCUUUGUUUUAUAAAAAAUGUUUGUUGUUCUUACUUUUUUCUUUACAUGUACAUAAGUGAUAUUUUUCCCUGUUUAGUGUCUUUAUAUCUGCCUUUUUGCUGUGUGGUUUCUUCUGACAUACAUUGUUCUGUGCACAAAAUUCACUGUAGUCUGCAGGUUUUUUUGUUUAAUUCACUGACAGUAUUUACUGCUGAUUUGGUUAUAUAUAUAUAUAUACAUGUAAAUAUAACUGUACAUAUAACUAUGGGCCAUAUCUUAAUAUUUAAAAUGUUUUUUCUUACUUUUUUCUUAACAUGUAAAUCAGUGACAUUUUCCCCCUGUUUAGUGUCUUUAUAUUUGCCUAUUUGCAAUGUAGUUUUUUCAAACAUACAUUGUUUUGUACAAAAAAGUCAUUGUAGUCUGCAGUUUUUUUAUUCAAUUUAUUGACACUGUAUUUACUGUUGAUUUGGUUACACAUAUAUAUGGACCAUAUCUUAGGAUUUGAAAU